AUGGCAUUAGCAUGGAGUGUCUUAAUUGGAAAGCUUCAAACCAAGGUGGAUCUUGCAAGAAGAAAUGCUUUGCCUGGAGGGUUUAAUCGAUCAUGUGUUAUAUUUACCGGUGCAUAUGAAACAAGUUCUCAUUUGUUUCUUAAUUGUGCUGUUACAUGGCAGAAUUGGAUGAGGAUUUACGGCUGGAUGGGACUUCAAUUAGCAAUGCCAGAUCAGGUGGAUACUCACUUUAUGCAGCAUGGCAUGGGCAUGAUAAGAAAUAAAAAGGUUGGGAUGGCUUUGUCUAUGAUCUGGGUAGCUACUGUGGGGAUUAUUUGGAACACAAGGAAUAAUGUAAUUUUCAGAGGAGAGGAGGUACUGUGGAUUUUGUUCAAAUUGUGGAUCUAA